UUUCUCUUGCAAAUCAUCUGGCGGGACGGUUCAGCAGUUUGCGAUAUUUGUUGUCGAUUGACGACACUCUGUAUCAGCUUCAGUAGUCUGUCUGGCACGUCUGUCUUACGCAUACAAAGAACUUGAUUACGCUGUUAUAUCAAAAGCAUGACAGGCUAUGUGUCUGUUUCGUCCAGGACGUCUGAAGCGGUCCUUGUAAGACCCUCAGCUUGGCAGCAGUUCACAGAUUUUGCAAAUGUUCUGAAAGCUUUUAUAGGAACAAGCUAUCUGUCAUUACCAUUUGCCUUUUCUCAAAGUGGACUAGUGCUUGGAGCGGUUGGACUUGUAAUCAUUGCCUUCAUAACAGACCACUGUUGUCAACUUAUAAUUAAAUGCAAAAAUGCUGCAGUGGGAAUGAUUCUUAACUCAUCUCCAAGAUACCAAGAACUCCGAACAGAAGCUUUGUAUGAGGAGAUGGAAAAAGUAAAGGAGACUAUAGAGAAGGAAAUGACACUUGGUGACAUUGGAAAAAUUGCAGUUGGACCAUGGGGAUUGAGACUGGUCAACACCGCAUUGAUAAUCACACAGUUAGGGUUCUGCGUUGCUUAUUUCAUAUUCAUGGGAAAUACCAUAGCAGAAAUGUUUCCUCUCAAAUACAAAUCUGAGACUGUGAUCCCAGUCAUAAAUACAACAUUAUCUGAACCAACUAGUGCCACAAGAAUGACCCACUCCUCAGCGGCAGGGAUUAACUCGUCUACAAUGGUUCCUCCACUCCAUAGCACUAAGACAGCACCUCAAUUCUUCCUUCUUGUACUGAUUCCUUUCCCUUUCCUCAUUGCUAUGGCCUUUGUAAGGAGCAUUCGAAAACUUGGACCAAUCAGUGGUGUUGCUAAUGUGACUCUACUUUCUGGGUUUUUUGGGCUUCUUGCAUUUCUGUUGAAGGGUUUGAGGUUUAACCUUAAAGACGUGAGCUAUGCGAGAUUGUCUACGUUUCCAGUUUUCUUUGGUCAGCUGACGGGAGCUUAUGAAGGGAUAGGAACUGUAAUACCUAUUGAGUCUAGCAUGGCAGAGAACCGGCCUCGUUUCCCCCUGUACCUUCACAUAGCACUAGCACAAGUCUCUUUCAUUCUUGGUUCUUUUGGAGUACUUGGAUACAUGAUCUAUGGCAGCACUGUUCCGCAGAUAGUAACAGAUAGGCUGCAGACAGGGGUCAUAGCACAGUUGGUGCGUCUGACACUCAUUGUAGCGGUGAUGAUGACCUAUCCUCUUCAGCUAUACCCAGUCAUUGAAAUUACAGAGUCGGUUUUAUUCACUAAGGUCCAAUCCAAAAAGAAAUCUCACCUGGGUGAAGUAGUUGCAGGUCCAAGCACUGAUCCAAGUAGCAACCCAGCUUCUCUCACAGAUUCUAAUGGUGUUGACUCACCAGAUGUUUUGUCCUCAAGUAUAUACUCUGAGACUCAAUUUCUUAUUCCAAAGGAGGCUGAAGAACUUCAGUACGAGACAGCAGCUUGGAAGAGGAAUUUACUACGUACAGUGCUAGUAACUUUAACAGCAGGGAUAGCCAUUUUACUGAAGGAUGAAUUUGCCUAUGUGAAUGCUCUGAUUGGCUCAUUAGGAAGUUCAGUGUUGGCUUACAUUCUGCCUUGCACAUUUCACAUCAUCCUAUACAAAAACACCAAUUCUGUAGCUGUGGUUAUUAAGAACAUUAUUAUUGUUGUAUUUGGUAUAGUUGGUGGAGUUGUGGGUGUGGUUAUUACCAUUCAAAACAUAGUCAAAGAUUUAUCUUAGUAAAUUAAAACAUGCCUUUAACCAUGCAGCCUUUCAAGGUGCCACUAUUUUGGUCUUUUUGGUGUGGGGAGAAUUUUUCACAGCUAAAUUUAAGUGAAGUGGCAGAUUUGGCAAGCUGAGUCUGACAGAUAUUGAGAAGCUGUAAAAUUUUCUCCCAGUACUGUUUAUGAUCAGGAUGCAUUUGUUGUCUUAAAUCAUAACAUGGUUGCUAGAGACAAAAUUUUGGUCACUAGAAAAAGAAAUUGCAUAGUAGUUGUACACUGUACACAACAGUUGCUGUUGUUGGGAGUGAGCAACUGUUUGGAAAGCUAUACUGAGUGAGAACUGCUGAGGAAGGUUGUCGAUUUUGAGGAAUUUUGAAGAAAACAGUGAGUUUGUGCAGUGUUGAGCCACUAUGUAGUUUGUAGAGGGCUUAGAUAAGUUAUUCAGAUGAUAAUUGCUGUAUUGUCUAUUAGAGUUGCCCCUAAGUAAGAAUAUUACAGGUCAUUUAAUGAAGUAGUUGAGUUUGUAGGAUUGUAAGGGUUUUCUGCAUUUGAAUUAUAGCAUAACAUUCUGAUGGAAAUUUGGAUACGACCUAGUACAGAAUUUUUUUCUAAGAGAUUAGUACACAAGCCUUAAAAUGAUCUACUUCAAUUUGCAAUUGUUAUGGACAAGAUUUAUUACUUAUCUUAUACUUUCAACAGUUUCCUUUAAAAACGAUUAAAGUGAACAUAACCAGGUUUACCUAGAUUUUUUAACAAAUUUAUCUAACUAUUUUUAUUUACACCUUGAAAGUGUAGUUUAUUUUACAAUAAAAUUAAUUAUACACAAUCUUACUUGACAGGCUUAGCAAUAACACUAAGGUUGAGCACAUAUUCUCUCUAUGAAAAUUUACUCUAUCCCCUCUAAUUAUUUUAUAUUCUUUUGAUUCUUAAAACUGCCUUUCAGUAUUUCUUGAAGGGAAAACAAGAGCUGUUACAUUAUAUUUUAAGACAAAUCGAGUGCUUGUCUCGAGGGCAACUGAAUUUGCUACAUAUUUUAUGUAACAUGUUUUUUAAAAUACAAGCCAGGAAGUUUAAGGUGCAGUUUAACAAAGAAUAUAGUUUAUAAAUCAAGUUA